UCCAACAGGAUGGAGGUGCUGCUGCUGCCGCUCACACUCCAAUAAAAAAUAAAGUCCAAACUGACCUAAAGAAGGCUCAGCUCACAGUUUGGACUUUGUGGUCGCCGUUCGCUUUUCUUUUUUUUGGCACCCACCGUCUCUGUUGCUGGACUCCACCGGGCCUGUUCCUCUAACUCACUGUUUUCCAUCGGUAACCCUGUUGGAGUGCGUCGUCGUUUUUAGGACAGAGAGGAGACUUCCAGGGAUGGAGUCGAUGCCCAGACAGCUUUCAGCGGGACGAGACUCCAGCUCUUCCCCUCCUUUAAAGCCGGACGCACAGAGCUUCUCCAGCCCCAGCUCCCUCAAACCCAACCAAGUGAGUGAGACCUCCCUGUACGGCGUUCCCAUCGUCUGUCUGGUCAUAGACGGUAAGGAGAGACUCUGCCUAGCGCAGAUUUCCAACACCUUGCUGAAAAGCUACAGCUACAACGAGAUCCACAACCGCCGAGUGGCGUUGGGCAUCACCUGCGUGCAGUGCACCCCCGUCCAGCUGGAGCUCCUGCGGCGCGCCGGGGCCAUGCCCAUCUCCUCCAGGCGCUGCGGUAUGAUCACCAAACGGGAGGCCGAGAGGCUCUGCAAGUCCUUCCUGGGCGCACACUCUCCACCAAAACUACCAGAAAAUUUUGCUUUUGACGUGUCUCAUGACUGCGCGUGGGGGUGCAGGGGCAGCUUCAUCCCGGCCCGGUACAACAGCUCCAGAGCCAAGUGCAUCAAGUGCACUUUCUGCAACAUGUAUUUCUCUCCAAAUAAAUUCAUUUUCCACUCCCAUCGCACCCCAGAGUCCAAGUAUCUGCAGCCGGACGCGGCCAACUUCAACUCGUGGAGGCGCCACCUCAAACUGACGGAGAAGAAGCCUUCUGAGGACAUCAACCACGCGUGGGAGGAUGUUAAAGCCAUGUUCAACGGGGGGAGCAGGAAGAGGACACUGCCCAUGAACGGCUCUGGGAUGUCCUCGUCCAUGAAAUCCCAGGCCUCGUCCAGUCUGGCCCAGACCAGCUCCCCUGAAAUCCCACACAAAACUUUACGGUGCGAGGAGGACCAGGCCAGUACCGGCCUGGGUUUGGCAGGGGGCGCGCGCAGCUACCCGGUCAUCCCCGUGCCCAGCAAGAGCUUUGGCAUGCUCCAGAAGAUCCCCCCCCCUCUGUUCCCCCACCACCCCUACAGCUUCCCCGGCUACGGCCUGUGUCCCAAAAAGAGCGACGGUGUGUCCGAGGCCAACAAGACCAACGUGUCCGGUGUGUUCUGGCCCGGCGCAAAGGACACCCUGUACCCGGCCUUCCCCGUGUUCUGGCCCACAGCCGGGGGGCUCCCCAUGCCUCCGUACCCGGGCUCGCCCCCCAAACCGCCCCCUGAGCUGCCCGGCGUCCGGCAGGGCGAGCUGGACUUAUCUGACCAAAGCGACCGGGGCGCAAACACACCCAAGGCCCCCAGCCCCCCCCACCCCCAGCAGCCGCACCCCCACCCGCAGGACGGCGCAGAGCGGUGCCCCAGCUCCCACUCCUCCAACACCAGGAACGACGACGACAAGUCCGGGGACGAGACCCCCCAGAGGAAGAUCAGCUACAUCUCCGCCUUCAGACCUGUGGUCAAAGACGCGGAGACCAUCGCCAAACUGUACGGAAGCCGGGACGGCUACGGCGUGCGCCCCGGAUACCUGUCCCCGGAUUUUAUCAGCGAGAGCUCCAGCUACAGAUCCGUUUCACCGGACAGAGACAGCGAGGUGGACGACGAGGACCCGGACGUGGAUGUGGAGUCGAACCGGGGACAGGACGAGGAAGAGCCGAUCCGGAUCUCCGGGGGGGACCGCCACCACCACCGUGACUCCCCCGUCCCGGACCGGAUCUCCCCGGGUGCGGAGGAGAGUCACGAGCCGCCCGCAGCCGCCUCCAGCCCCGGAGCCGCAUCACCGGAGGAGUGCGCGCACACCGGCUCCUCAGAGGAGGACAGACAGAUGCGUAAUGGCUCCCCCCAUCAUGAAAUGUACCCUCCUGAAAAGGACGCGCACGUGCUCCUGGACGAGCCCUCGUCGUUUGGGUCGAAACAAUCGAACAGAUCCGAUGGUCUGAACCAUGUGUGUGAACAACAAAGCCAACACAACACCACGUCCUUCCAGGAGCCCAAGGACAGACGAGGAGAUGGAGCUUUACGCAUCGACAUCAGCGUCCAUGAAAGAAAUCUGGAAAACAUGGCUAAAGAGGAACUGCAGAAGCAGCUUGUGGAGCAAGUGGAGCUGAGGAAAAAGUUGGAGAGAGAAUUUCAGCACUUAAAAGAUAAUUUUCAGGAUCAAAUGAAGCGUGAGCUGUCCUACAGAGAGGAAAUGGUCCAGCAGCUGCAGAUUGUCCGAGACACUUUGUGCAACGAGUUGGACCAAGAGAGAAAGGCUCGUUAUGCAAUACAACAGAAGCUAAAAGAAGCUCACGACGCCCUUCACCAUUUCUCUUGCAAGAUGCUGACCCCCCGGCAGUGCACCGGAGCCUGCACCUUCAAACCCCCCCUGCUGCCGCCUUAGUGCCCCGGCACGGCCUCUGCAGCCGAACCCCAGCACAGCCAAAAAUACUGAGCCCCACACCCACCUCCAGAGCCCCCAUGUGUUCACCCCACCACCCCAGCACCUGUAACCCACGGAUUACCAAACCCACUCUGUAGACACACCGUUCAGAUGAACACUUUACUGACUAUGAUGAGACUCACCGGACCGGAGAAAUCCCUCCAAAAAGAAAAAAGAAAAGGAAAAAAAAAAAAAAAGAAUUUUUUUUUUGCAGGAUUCAUUUUGUGAAUGAAAGGAUUGCUGGAAGCUGUGAAAGCUCAAACCAAGAAAUUUCUCUCUGAAUCAAAGUCAUCUGCUCUUUAGAUAUUCAGAAAAAAAAAACACAAUAUACAUAUACUUAAAUAUAUAUCAUGUGACAAUGUGCAAUGGCUUGUAUAAAUGUGAAAUUAAGUUCACAUGUGUCUCACUUAGGUUUUGUUUGCAUAUGUUGAGUUUUACAUAUAUUUGUUAUUUAUUUCUCAGUCUGUCUCUGAUUUAAUUUAUUGUUUAGAUAAUUUGUAACUCUGUUGUUAAGCACUUUAAAUGGGCAUCAUUUCUGAAUUUGACCAUGCCGUCCGAUACCAAAUUCUUUUAAACAGAGCACAUUUUUAUGAACGCUAACUUCAGCAGCCCUUCAGGUUUCACACACACACACACACACACACACACACACACACACACACACACACACACACACACACACCCCUCCUUCACCAGGUUGUGUGUUCAAACUGAACUAAUUAUCAGAAAUAAAAAAGGAAACGGUCUUGAGCCAUUUAUAGAUUAAUGUACAGUAUAAACUACAGCGGAUACUCAAAGCCUGUCCCAUAAUGCUCUCUGUUUCAGGGUUUUUCUACCAUUACAUCUGUACGUCAUUGCCUUCUACAGACAAAACCAAAACUUUUACCAUGAUUUAAAAGUCUUUUUAUAAGAAGAAGACACUGUAUAUGGAAAUGUGUAAACUGCCACACACUCACUUUCAUUUUUUGUCUCACCAAAAACAACUGGUUUCACACAAUCCACUUAUUUCCAUGUAUGUAUGUACUCAUGUCAAUAUUAAUAAAAUGUAAAAUCCA